AUGAAUGCAUCAGCAAUUGCUAUGGCGGCUUGUGAUGAACAAUUUAAUCUAAGGGGUGAGAAUUCUAAUCGUUUAACAGAUAAAAUUCAUCGAUUAGAAAAUGAACAAAAUUCUUUAAGUUCCCAAAUACAAAUCUUAACUCAACAAUUAAAAUAUGAACAUGAUACCAUUAAUCAAUUUAAACACUUACGACAACAACAAAAUCAAACAAAAUUUGUAAAUCGAAAUUCAACAAUGAAUCAUCAGACUGAUAAUCAUCAUUUUGAACAACAACAAACAAUACUUAAUUCAUUUGACUUUUUAAAUGAAAUAAAUCAAUUUAAAAAUCGUCUUGAUACAUUAGAAAAAGAACGUUAUGAACUUGAAGAAAAAGUUCGACGACUUCAAGAAGAAAAUACAAAUUAUAAAAAUCGUUUUAUUAAGGAAAAUAAUCAAUGGAUUGGUUCUCGAUCUAUAUUAGCACUCAGUGGACAUACAAAUCUAUCGGCAUUUACUGGUAAUAAAUGUUUUAUGAUGUAA